CCCGACACCUCGAGGGCGGCCUCCGAGGGACGCGCACCCGGAGGGAGGCGUAAAGAAAGGUUCUGAUCGGACCCGGGUCAAUCGCCCAUCGCCCAUGGCGGCCCUCGGCCCCAGCAGCCAGAAUGUCACUGAGUAUGUCGUCCGAGUUCCCAAAAAUACCACCAAAAAAUACAAUAUCAUGGCUUUCAAUGCAGCCGAUAAAGUCAACCUCACUACUUGGAAUCAGGCCCGGCUGGAACGAGACCUGAGCAACAAGAAGAUUUACCAAGAGGAGGAGAUGCCGGAGUCGGGCGCCGGCAGCGAGUUCAACCGCAAGCUCCGGGAAGAGGCGCGGAGGAAGAAGUAUGGCAUUGUCCUCAAGGAGUUCCGGCCGGAGGACCAGCCCUGGCUGCUGCGGGUCAACGGUAAAUCAGGCCGAAAGUUCAAGGGCAUAAAGAAGGGCGGCGUGACAGAAAACACCUCCUACUACAUCUUCACCCAGUGCCCUGAUGGGGCUUUCGAGGCCUUCCCUGUCCACAACUGGUAUAACUUCACGCCGCUGGCCAAGCACCGCACACUCACGGCCGAGGAGGCUGAGGAGGAGUGGGAGAGGAGAAACAAGGUCCUGAACCACUUCAGCAUCAUGCAGCAGCGGCGGCUGAAAGACCAGGACCAGGACGAGGAGGAUGAGGAGAAGGAGAAGCGCAGCCGCAAGAAGGCCAGCGAGCUGCGCAUCCACGACCUGGAGGACGACCUGGAGAUGUCGUCGGAUGACAGCGAGGCCAGCGGCGAGGAGGGUGGCAGAGCCCCCAAGGCCAAGAAGAAGGCACUGCCCAGCAAGGGGGGCCGGAAGAAGAAGAAGAAGAAGGGCUCAGAUGAUGAGGCCUUUGAGGACAGUGAUGACGGGGACUUCGAGGGCCAGGAGGUGGACUAUAUGUCUGAUGGCUCCAGCAGCUCCCAGGACGAGCUGGAAGGCAAGCCCAAGGCCACGCAGCAGGAGGAGGGCCCCAAGGGCGUGGAUGAGCAGAGUGAGAGCAGCGAAGAGAGUGAGGAGGAAAAGCCACCUGAGGAGGACAAGGAGGAGGAGGAGGAGAAGAAGGCGCCCACACCGCAGGAGAAGAAGCGGAGGAAAGACAGCAGCGAGGAGUCCGACAGCUCGGAGGAGAGUGACAUCGACAGUGAAGCCUCCUCGGCACUCUUCAUGGCAAAAAAGAAGACGCCCCCCAAAAGGGAGCGGAAGCCAUCAGGGGGCAGUUCCAGGGGUAACAGCCGGCCAGGCACGCCCAGCACUGAGGCAGGCAGUACUUCUUCCACCCUCCGGGCAGCCGCCAGCAAGCUGGAGCAGGGGAAGCGCACCAGCGAAACGCCGGCAGCCAAGCGGCUGCGACUGGACACCGGGCCCCAGAGCUUGUCCGGGAAAUCCACUCCUCAGCCCCAGUCUGGGAAGUCAACCCCCAGCAGUGGUGACGUUCAAGUGACUGAAGACGCCGUGCGCCGCUACCUGACACGGAAGCCCAUGACCACCAAGGACCUGCUGAAGAAGUUCCAGACCAAGAAGACGGGGCUGAGCAGCGAGCAGACAGUGAAUGUGCUGGCUCAGAUCCUGAAGCGCCUGAACCCUGAGCGCAAGAUGAUCAACGACAAGAUGCAUUUCUCCCUCAAGGAGUGACGCCCCCCCAGUAAACAUGCUCUAUUUUCCACAAUCUCAGGGUCUUCAUACCCACACUCGCUGCCUCUCGUCCCGCCGCCUGUAGACACGUCUUAGGACUUAACCCUCUCCUUAGCCCCUCAGCCUCCUCCAUGAUUUCUUUCAGCUCUGUCUUUCACUUGGCUGGUUCUCUCUUCAGCUGUGGCUUAUCCACCCCCUGAACCCGUUAAAAGUAGGGCUUCUCAGGUGGCUCAGCGGUGAAGAAUCUGCUCUGCCUGUGCAGGGGACACAGGUUCAAUCCCUGGGUCAGGAAGUUCCCCUGGAGGCAGUAGCACCCCACUCCAGUAUUCUUGUCUGGGAAAUCCCAUGAAUAGAGGAGCCUGGUGGGGCUACAGUCCAUGGGGUGGCAGAGUCGGACAUGAUUGAGCACACAUGCACAAACCCAUAAGUACUUAGUGUCACUGUCUUUCAGUUCUGCAAAGUAUGUUUCUCUUUCAGAUCAGUAGGUCUAUUUUGAGUGUAUGGCCCCUUCUGUUUUUGAUGCCUUCUUUUCCAUUGUUAGUUUAAACAUCCUUGUCUUACAGUCUCCAUCACACUCACCUAGUACACUCACCUAGUACCUGAAGCAG